CGUUUGAAUUCUCAUUUUUUGUGUGUUAUUUUAGUGUGUAUUCGUGUUAUCAUUUUUUUGUACCUCGUUUUUGUAGUACAAUUUUAAUUUAAGAAAAUCGGCCUAAAAUGUUGCACAAACUCCCACAGAUGUUCACCACGACAACACGUCACUACAGUUCAAAGAGAUUACACGAUGUUGUUAUCGUCGCAGCGACCCGUACCCCGAUUGGAAGUUUUCAAAGUGCACUUUCUCCGUUGAGUGCUACCAAUCUGGGUGGAAUUGCUAUCGAAUCAGCUGUGAAACAGGCCGGAAUUGCUCCGUCGGACGUGAAUGAGGUUUACAUGGGAAAUGUUUGUGCGGCUGGACUGGGACAAGCUCCGGCUAGACAAGCUGCCAUUUUCGGAGGACUCCCCACAAAUACUGUCUGCACAACCAUCAAUAAAGUUUGUUCAUCUGGAAUGAAAUCAGUUAUGGUGGCUGCACAGACACUAAUGUUAGGACAACAGGAUGUUGUCGUUGCCGGUGGAAUGGAAUCAAUGAGCCAUGUCCCGUACUAUCUGAAACGUGGUGCAACUCCCUACGGUGGUGUGAAUCUAAUCGAUGGUAUUGUGUUUGACGGUUUGUUCGAUGUGUACAACAAAAUUCACAUGGGAAAUUGCGCUGAGAAUACGGCCAAGAAAAUGGGAAUCACCCGAAAAGAUCAAGACGACUACGCGAUCUCAAGUUACAAGCGUAGUGCAGCUGCCUGGGCGAAUAAGGUUUUCGACGCCGAAAUUACACCGGUUCGAAUUCAACAGAAGAGGAAACCGGAAGUUGUGAUCAGCGAAGACGAAGAGUACAAACGAGUCAAUUUCGACAAAUUCGGACAAUUGGGCACAGUGUUCCAGAAGGAAAACGGAACGAUAACAGCCGGAAAUGCGUCCACAUUGAACGAUGGUGCAUCGGCAUUGGUGCUGAUGACCGAAGAGGCAGCUGCACGAUUCGGAUGCAAACCAUUGGCGAAAAUUAUUGGUUUCCAUGACGCAGAAACGGAUCCGAUCGAUUUCCCCAUUGCACCGGCAUUGGCUGUGCCGAAGCUGUUGGAGAAAAACGGAGUGACUAAGAACGACAUUGCUAUGUGGGAAAUGAAUGAGGCUUUUUCGUUGGUGGCCGUUGCCAAUACUAGAAAGUUGGACGUUGAUCCGAAUAAAGUAAACAUUCAUGGCGGUGCAGUGUCUUUGGGCCAUCCGAUUGGUAUGUCAGGAGCUCGGCUGGUUACACAUUUGUCGCAUUCGUUGAAGGCCGGUGAACUGGGUUGUGCUUCGAUUUGCAAUGGCGGUGGUGGAGCUAGCUCAAUUCUUGUACAAAAAUUGUACCACAAAGCAACGAGUGACCUACCCACCUUAACUCUGUUCACCAAAGACCCGUGUCCGUUGUGUGAUGAACUGGUUGCAGAGCUACAACCAUUCGAAGGACGAUUUCGUUUGGAAAAAGUGGACAUAACGAAAAAGGAAAAUUUGAGAUUUUUACGAAUCUAUCGUAUGGACAUACCGGUGCUACAUUUGAACGGUCAAUUUUUGUGUAUGCAUCGAUUGAAUCGACAUCUUCUCGAACAAAGACUGAGCGAAAUUAAACAGUCGUCGUUAGAAUAAAUGGAGUGAGAGAACGGUA